AAACAUUUACAAGUUCAGAUUCGUUUGAGACGUGCGCGUGUUCGGACGUUAAUUUCGUGUUUAAGUGCAAGUAGAUCGAAAAUAAAUUAAUGAAAUUAAAUAAAGCGAUGAAUAAAGUGUAGUAGUAUAUGGGAAAUAUUUAAUAUAAUAAAGCGUUGGCGUGCAAAUAUUUAAGUGCUACAGUGUUUUUAAAUAUUUAAAGUUGGAAGAUUACUUGAAAAGAACGCGAAUUCUAAUUCCAUGAAAUAAGGAAACUUCACCCAAAGUAUUAUUGAAAAAAGAGUUAUAACAAAAUAAUAAAGAAAAUGGCAUUCACAACCGCAGCUAAAACACUCCUCGUCUCAACUGCUGUGAUAAUGACAAUAUUUUCCAGUUUUAUUCCAACGGUGAACGCCAUCCGUUGUCACCAGUGUAACUCCCAUCUGCAGGAGGAUUGCACAGCACUGCGUUUGGUGACACCGCGUGCUCCACGUGACGAGCAAUUCCUCGGCGAUUGCGAAUCGCCCGAUAUGUUCUGCCGCAAGACGGUUACAAAAAUCGAGGUGAGCGGCGAGAAUCGCAUUAUACGCAGCUGUGGUUACUUGGACAACAAUAAGAGUGAGAAGAAGAAUUACUGUUACGAUGACGACAAUGAGGGAUACAAGCAGACGAUCUGCACCUGCUUUGACGAUGGCUGCAAUGCGGCACCGCCACGUCUGGGCAAUGCCAAUCACGUGACCAUGCUGAGUGCGACCGGUUUGUGCGUGCUGGUGGCGCGAUUCCUGCGGCUUAGUGCUUAGAUAGCGGAUAGAUUUCUGUACAAAUUCAUUCUGAUAUGUGUGUGUAUGUACAUAUGUAUGUAUGUAUGUACGAGUAUUUGCAACGUUGCGUGGAGUAUACUAGAUUAAUGGAAGUUUGCUGGAACUCUGGCACUCAAGUGUGGAGUGCUUGAAGCAUGAAAUGCAUAUUAAUGAGAAUGGCGUUGGAGCGAAGAGUGCUACACUUUUCUUUUGCAUUUUGUUGGUGUUGUUUUAUUUUAUUUUAUUGCCUUCAUUUUAGUUUUGUCUAAAUACUUCUACGCAAAU